GGUGUGCGCAUGCCCUGUUUGUAGGUUGCCGGUUAGUUGUAGUUACAGCUGAAGGGAAAACACAAGCUGUAGUAUAGACUGAAUUAAUAUGAGUUAACCAUCUAGUUGACAAUCUGACAAGAUAUCGGAGCUUCGUUAAAACAGAUACUAAACAUUUAUUUAACAUAGCAGUAUGCUUCCUUGCAGUACGUGGGACUGCCGGUGCCUGGAGAUGAGCGCGGCCAUAGCCUCGCGGAGCUGACACAAAGCAGAUUUCCUCUGGUGGUUACCCAACCCAACCCCCCAGGCUAGUGGAAAUGCCUGAGGUGAUCCAGGAUAAAGUGGAUCCUGAGAUCUCCUCUGAAGACGAACACGAGGACCACCCUUGCAUCGUCUGGAGCGGACUCAGCCGGAAGAUUCCGGUGCUGCUGUUCUAUGCAGAAACCAUCGUUUCCAAAGAUGGGAACUUUCGCAGCAUUGGAGAACGACAUAACCUGGCUUUCAAAAUCGUCCGGACGGAGAGCCGGCUGGUGCGCAGCAUCCUUACCAGUCACGGAUUCCAUGAGGUCCAUCCCAACAGCAGCGACUUCAACCUCAUGUGGACCGGCUCACACCUCAAGCCGCACCUCCUGAGGAGCCUUCAGGACUUCCAGAAGGUCAACCAUUUCCCUAGGUCCUAUGAACUGACCCGCAAAGACCGGCUGUACAAGAACAUCCAGCGCAUGCAGCAGCUUCAUGGUUUCAAGCGCUUUCACAUCGUGCCCCACACCUUCCUGCUCCCGGCUGAGUACCAGAACUUCUGCAGCUCGUGUUCGAAGGACAGGGGACCGUGGAUCGUGAAGCCGGUGGCGUCCUCCAGAGGGCGGGGAAUCUACCUGGUUAGCAACCCAAACCAGGUCCCGCUGGAUGAGAACAUCCUUGUGUCUCGCUACAUCAGCGAGCCCCUGCUGAUUGACGACUUCAAGUUCGACCUGCGCUUGUAUGUUCUGGUGACCUCCUAUGACCCCCUGAUUGUCUACCUCUAUGAAGAAGGGCUAUCCAGGUUUGCCACGGUGAAGUAUGACCGCUCCGCGAAGAACAUCAGGAACCAGUUCAUGCACCUCACCAACUACAGUGUCAACAAGAAGAGCAGCGAUUAUGUCAGCUGCGACGACCCUGAGGUGGAGGAUUAUGGGAACAAGUGGAGCAUGAGCGCCAUGCUGCGGUACCUGAAGCAGGAAGGGAAGGACACAACAUCGCUGAUGGCCCAUGUGGAGGACCUGGUGAUUAAGGCUGUCCUCAGCGCCGAGCUGCAAAUCGCCACAGCCUGCAAGUCGUUUGUGCCCCAUAGGACCAACUGUUUUGAACUCUACGGCUUUGAUGUCCUCAUCGAUUCGAACCUGAAACCUUGGCUUCUGGAGGUCAACCUGUCCCCAUCUUUGGCCUGUGAUGCUCCACUGGACCUGAAGAUCAAAGCCAGCAUGAUUUCUGACAUGUUCUCCCUCGUGGGCUUCGUCUGCCAAGAUCCGCUGCUACGCCAGACCCAAGCCGGACGCGGCCCACCAGACCCGAGCUCACGGUCCCAGGCUCGCAAGGCCCAGCGCCCACACUCAGCACAGCCAGCCUCUGCAAACACCAGACCGCGACAGCGACCCAUGUCAGCCAAUGAGGUGGAUCCAAAUGGCCUGAAGGACAAGCCAGGGGCCAAUGAGGGGGACAGCACCCUGGGCCUCACUACAGAGGAGCUGAAGGUGCUGAGGAGGAUGAAGGAGGAGCACGAAAGGAGAGGCGGUUUCAUCCGGAUUUUCCCCACCGCCGAGACCUGGGAGCUGUAUAGCGGUUACCUGGAGUACAGGACGUCAAUGAACUACAUGCUGGCUAGCAGACUGUUCCCAGAGAGGUCCGGGAAGCUGGCGCCGGUCUGGAAGUCCCGGGGCAGCGGGACGGGCAGCGGGACGGGCAGCGGGACGGGCAGAGAUGUGGCAGCGGCCGACGCCGCCCACGCCUUCCGCGCCGCACAGUAUGAACGGAAACUGCUCACCCUGGAGGCGAGGAAGAGGAGGAGACGGAGGGCCGCCCAGCAUUCGGCCCUCGGGAGAGAGAGAGCAGUCAGAAAAUGCACAGCUCCAACUCCGGAGAUCAGCGAUGGCGAGGGGGAUGGCACAGAGGACCGGGAGAUGGAGGGGGAAGAGGCGGAGGAUGGGAGGAGGGGAGCGACCCGCCCGGGUGACGACAUGCCCACACCCCCCCAGCCCACUUCCAAAAUCAGCCUCUUCCACAUCUUGCAGGAUGGCUGGGAACUCAGCAAAGUGCAGGCCCGCACCACCUUCUCCUCCUACCUCCGGCGGGUGCAGGUCAGGCUGCUGGAGGAAUGCAGGGGACGCCUCGGCUUGGCCUGGCAGGACAGAGACCGUGACCAAAUGGAGCUGGUGAUGCGCUUCCUGAAGCGUGCCGCUGGCAACCUGCGCCCAGAGUUGCAGAUGUCCCUGCCCAGCCCCCGGCUGCCCCCUGCUGACCGCCGCCGCCUCCUGUCGCUGCAGCUGGGCAACUUCAUCCAGCGCUACGACAAGGAGACGGAGCACAUGCAGCCUGUAGAGGAGGAGCGCCGGCUCGAUCCAGAUGUCUUCCAGGAGUUCGUGGCCAAAGCCAGUGAGAGCGAUCUGGAGGAGGUCCUGACGUUCUAUACUCAGAAGAACAGGUCGGCCAGCGUCUUCCUGGGGACACGGUAUGGGAGCAGUGGGGGCCACGCAGAUCCCAGUGAAAGGCCCAGCCGGAUCGAUGUGCCUGCCUCCAAGGGGGAGUCCACAACACAGGACCCCCCCAGGCCUGCCACCCCCCAGCCCCGCAUCCAGGCCCCCAGGCCCCCUGCAACGUCCCCAGCCGUUGUGGACUGCGCCCACGUGCAGCUGCAACGCUGCCGGCUCCCUGCGCCCCCCCAGCCCACUUGUGACCCUCGGCCUGAAGAACCGCCGCCAGCCAGCAUGGAUCCCCCAAGGCGGGGGCAGCGGUGCUUUGCGCCCCCCCCCAACGUGCCAGUCUCGUCUGUGGCCGGCGCUCUGCAGAUCUAUAGCCAGAGGAUGUCCCGGCCCAUCUCUGCACGACCAACAUCCCGGAAAGCCAGCCCCUGCAGGCCCAGGCCUGACUCUGCAGGGGGCGCCACAGAGUCAUCCCCAAGCCCCACCAAGCACAAUCAGCAGGCCAUCAUGGUGGCCCUGCGGAAGCUGGUGGAGAAGCAGGCCAGCCGGCAGUAUGCUGCCUCCAACCACAUCAGUCUGCUCACCCAGCAUCUGACAAACCUCAACCUGGCCAGUGGAGCUUGCCGGAAGGGUGCGAUCGUGCUGAACGCGGACCUCCGGGACACGGCGGCGAGCCACCGGCCCCCCCGGGCCCUCCAUUUGAAGACCGGGCCUGCAGGAACCGGGAGGACUUGGCAUGAGGACGCCAGCCUGCCAACCGGGGAGUCCCGCAGCCUGGAGCCCGGGACCAUGGUGCCGCCCCUGCCACCCCCAACACAGCGGCAUCAGGGUGCCUGGGGCUGCUACCAGCUGCAGUUCGCCAUCCAGCAGCUCCGCCAGCAGGAGGCGCAAUCCCAGCAGCUGCUGGAGCAGAGCCGCGCCCGGCAUCAGGCUGCCCUGUCCUCACAGGCCUUUGCCGCUCCACCCCAGGGGCUCUCUGGGGCCCCGGCCCUCCCAGCAACAGCCCUUCCGUUGUGGCAGAACCAGACUCCCGCCCCUAAGCCGCCCAGCUGUGCCCGGGAUGGCCUCCUCAGGAAGACGGCACCACAACGCCUCCACAGGCAGGCCCCUCCAGAGGUGUGGGCCGGCGGGGCCGGGUCCGGGUCCGGGUCCGGGUCCAGCGCCCAGCACGCCGUCCACGAGGCCGUCUGCAGGACAGCAGGUCUUUCCAUUUGCAGCAAACUGUCCCAGAGCCAAAGCCCCAAGAACAGGUGAUGGGGGAGGAGGCCGGGAUCUGAGGCCUUCUCGGAAUCCGAAGUGCAUGCUGGGAAUGGAGACGGCCAUGGAAACAUCUCAGAACCUCAUUGUACGGGAAGGCAGGUGCCAGGCGGCUCCGCGCUGAACCGGGCCAACAGGAAGGGGCCGUGAAACUGGGCCCCAUCUGCCAAAGCCGCAGGGGCAGACCUCAGCCCUCUCUGGACGACAGCGUGCGCGUCUGCGAAAGCAGUCCACACGUCUGUCCAUCUCCGCUCUGGGGUUUUAGGGUGUUGUCUGCGCUGGAGUUUGCAGAGCAGGGGGGGAGGUUUGAUCUGCUGUGGAAUCUGUCUUGUUCACUUGUUCCAUAGUUGACUUUGGGGGUCCCUACCAGGGAAGAGUCUCUCUAUGAGGUGGGGGGAGAUGCUCAGGGCCCCUAUCACCCUCUGCUGCUUACUGUCCCCCCCCCCGUGUUUGUAAGCUCAUUCUCAAAUAUCAGCCUCAAGUCAUGUCGGUGGAGUGUGUUCUAGAAGGUUCUGUCAUUACCACAUGGAGCUCCUCUGCAUUUCCAGAAUGGGCUUCAAAUCCUCAUUGAUUAAAGCAUGUUGCCUUUAAGGAGGCUGAAUUUCACACGGCAGCAUCAUAUAGUACAGCUGGUACUACAGGGCAGUAUCUGUAGCUGUGCAAUGAUUUAGCUACAUGCUGCUGUUCCUGUCCCCAGAGGCUGAGGCUCUGCAAAGUGCAAUCUCAGAAACAGCGCGUCCUCCCUGUGCUUAGUCACUGAACAUCAGGUUUUAAAUGUUUACAUUACUGUUUUGAGUGAUGAGUAUAUUUUGCUUUUCUAGAUUUUAACCAUUAUUAAUUUAUAUGUAUAUUUUUUAUUUUGCAUUUACUUAUGCGGAGAACAAUCUCCCACAUCACCGAAUAAACAUGUUCAUAGGUGCCUCUCUU